AUGGCCUCAGCUUCACCAUCCACAGAGAUAGAGCAGGAGGCCAAGUGCCCCAUCUGCCUGGAGUGCCUGACGGACCCUGUGGUCCUGGACUGUGGGCACAGCUUCUGCCGGGCCUGCAUCACUGACUACUGUGAGAAAUGGGAGACUCUGGGAGACUUGGAGUGUCCUGUCUGCAAAUUCAAGUUCCAGAAAGGGGCUUUCCGCCGAAACUGGCAGCUGGCAAACCUAGUUGAAAAAAUUAAACUGGUGCCACGAAGUUCAAGAAAAGGUCUUUGCUUGAGACACCAGGAAAAACUCCAUUUCUUCUGCAAAGAGGAUGAAAAAUUGGUGUGUGCUGUCUGUGAGCGACUCCCAGAACACAAAGGACACACAAUACUUCCCCUGGAAGUGGCUGCUCAGGAAUACAAGGAUCAGUUCUGCAACCCUCUGGAGAUUCUGAAGAAGGGGAGAGAGAGAAUUGUGGCGUAUAAAGGAGAUGUGGAGAAGGAAAGCCAAGACCUGCUCAAACAAACCAAAGAACAGAAGCAAGAGACAGAAGCCAAGUUCAUGAAACUGCACACAAUUCUGGAGAAACAAAAGAAUUUUUUGCUGGCCCAGAUGGAUGAGGUGGAGAAGGAGGUGGUGAGAAACAGGGAUCGGCAUCUGGCCAGAAUCUCUGAGGAGCUCUCUUCUCUGGAAAGCCUCAUCCGGAAGAUGGAGGAGAAAUGUCAGCAGCCGGCCAGUGAUCUCCUGCAGGAUGUCAGAAGCACAUUGCAGAGGUAUGAAGACAAGGAGUCGUUUGAGAAUCCAGUGGCUAUUCCACUUGCACUGAAGCGGCACAUCUGGGACUUCUCAGAUUUAAAUCUCCUUUUGGAGGGCAUCAAGAAGCAACUCAAAGCAAAUGUGACUCUGGAUCCAGACACGGCCCAUCCAUGGCUCAUCCUGUCUGAGGGUCAGAAAAGCGUGCAAAUGGGAGAAACAGCUCAAACUCUGCCCACCAGUCCGAAGAGAUUUGAGAACUAUAAUGCUGUGCUGGGCUGUGAGGGAUUCACAGGAGGCCGCCAUUUCUGGGAAAUCCUUGUGGGAAGUGAGGAAAACUGGGCUGUGGGGGUGGCCAGAAAGUCUGUGAGGAGGAAGGGAGAACUCACUUUUACUCCUGAGGAAGGGAUGUGGGCUGUGGGGAAGUGGGCAGGGAUGCACAGGGUUGGUAUAAAAGCUUACCCUCCCCUGACUGUGAGUGGGGAGCUGAAGAGGAUCCGAGUGUGCCUGAACUAUGCUGGGGGUCGAGUGGCCUUUUUUGAUGCUGACCGAGCAGCCCUUCUCUACGAGUUCUCUGGGGCCUCCUUCCAUGGAGAGACCCUCCUGCCCUUCUUUAGGGUGUAUAAAAAAGGCCGCCUCAAAAUAUCUUCAUAG